AUGCAUUCUCUUAUGUUUUCAACCUGCUUUUUGCUUUUUUCAACCGUUGCUGCUCGACUUUCUAUCACCAGGCCUCCCGCUCAAGCCAAUAAUCAACAGUCUUACGUGUUAUCGAACGGGAAUUCGACAACAUUCACUGGAGACGAUCCUGCAGAGUUGGUGAAGCGCGAUGGCACGAAAUAUGUUUUCAUGCAUCAUAUUGUUGGCACCGACUGGGCGGAUGACAUUCGCCAAAUACAGGCGAAAGGGAUUGAUGCUAUUGCUCUCAAUAUUGGCUCCUCGGACUGGCAAAGAGGACAGAUUGCCAGUGCUUACGCCGCGGCCGUUGGAUCCCCACUCAAACUCUUCAUUUCCUUCGACUUCACUGAGAUGCCAUGUGACGUAGCCGACGUCGUCUCCCGCACCAACCAGUGGGUCAACCACCCCAAUCAGUUCAAGGUGAACGGCAAGACUAUGAUUUCGAGUUUCUCUGGGGAUUGUUUCGGCAAUAACGGCUGGCAGGCUAUCAAGGAUCAAACCAACGGUUACCUGAUGCCAUUUAUACCGAAUCUAGAAGGCAAAUUCUCGUCCUGGCCUAGUUUAGAUUCGUGGCUUUGUUGGGGUUGUGCUUGGCCUCAAGGAGAUUAUACCAAGAACACCGACGACGAUAACUAUUAUAUAAGCCAACUGGGCACGCGUUACUCAGCGACGAUCAGUCCCUGGUUCUACACCCAUUAUAACUAUAAGAACAUUGUCUACAAUUCAGAUAACUGGCUCCUCGUAACCCGUUGGGAACAGCUCAUGUCGUUUCGCAAUACCAUCACAUUCGCCGAAUUAGUCAGCUGGAAUGAUUACGGUGAAUCUCACCACAUGGGUCCAGUUAAAGGGGCCAUGCCAUCCGGGACGAAUUGGGUGAAUGGACUUCCCCACACCGCUUGGUUCGACAUGUCCCAAUAUUAUAUCACCGCGUUCCAAACCGGCUCAUACCCCGCUAUCACGAAAGACGUCAUUUAUUUUUGGGCCCGUACUCAUCCAGUCGCCGCAACUGCUAGCUCCGAUUCGCUUGGCAAGCCCUCAGGUUGGAAUUGGGUACAGGAUACACUUUGGGCCGUCGUCUUCGCCACGUCGCCUGGUAGCGUCACUCUUACGUCUGGAACGAAUACGCAAACUUUCUCGGUCAACGCAGGCGUUAACAAGCUCAAGCUUCCUUUAUCUCCGGGGAAGAUUACUGUCUCGAUGACGAAGAAUGGGCAGGUUAUCAUCAACUACUCCCCGGCCGGUUACACCUUCAUAACGAAUCCCGUGACCUAUAAUUACAACGCAUAUGUUGACUCUGCAUCGGCUGUUGUUACCCCACCUUCCUCUACUUCAUCCGCUACGCCCACGUCUUCGUCGGGCAGCGCUGCACCAACAAGCACGAGCCUUUCUUACGCUCCUCUUGGUUGUUAUGUUGAUCCUGGCGACGCGCGUGUACUGAACGGCGGCAUGACAAGUUCCUCUUCGCAAACCGUCGCUGGAUGUGCUUCAUCGUGUGCAGCUCAAGGCUUUGCUUAUUUCGGGACAGAGUAUGGGAGCGAGUGCUGGUGUGGCUCCGCCAUUCGUGCAGGAGCUUCUACAGCACCGAGUUCCGAUUGCUCGACGCCUUGCUCUGGCAAAUCGAGCGAUAUUUGUGGCAAUGGCAAUAGGUUGUCUCUUUACCGAUUUGGAGCAUCGACAUCUUCGUCUGUGACGUCUUCCCCUACGCCAACAUCAACCUCAUCCAGCGCUACGCCAACCAGCACCAGUAUAUCGUAUUCAUCCCUCGGUUGCUACAAUGACCCAGCCGAAGCGCGAGUACUGAAUGGCGGAAUGACAAGCUCCUCUUCGCAAACCAUCGCCAGUUGCGCUGCAUCAUGUGCCGCCCAAGGCUCAACUUAUUUCGGCACGGAGUAUGGGAAUGAGUGCUGGUGUGGUUCGUCUAUCCGUACUGGAGCCACGGUAGCUUCAAGCGGCGACUGCUCAAUGCCUUGUGCAGGGAAAGCCAGUGAUAUAUGUGGCAGCAGCUACAGAUUAUCUCUGUAUAAGCUGGGAUCGUCGACAUCUUCCACCACCGUACCUACGUCGUCUCCUACGCCCACAAGUUCUACGAUAACUUCUUCCGCCAUCUCUACCUCCACGAGGCCAUCUAGCUCCGCUGCAUCAACUUCCUCGGCCAGCCCGACGCCCUCGUUUGCAUAUGCUGGCUGCUAUGUCGACUCGAGCAAUGCGAGGAUUCUUAAUGGCGGUUCAACAACGUCUUCAACCCUAUCUGUGAACAGCUGCAUAUCAUCUUGUUCGGCCCGCGGGUUCGUCUAUGCUGGAACGGAGUACGGCAAAGAGUGCUGGUGUGGCAGCGUUCUUGCCUCCGGAGCCGCUCGCGCUGCUGAAAGCGAUUGCAAAAUGACGUGCUCAGGGCAGGCUUCCGACAUCUGUGGAGGAUCUAACCGGAUGUCCCUGUAUCGCCUUUCAUCUGGGACAAGUUCGUCGUCGCCGGCUCCUUCAAGCUCCGCAGCUGCGUCGUCAACUUCGCGGGCUUCAACGUCGUCAACAAGCUCCACAGCCACUUCCGCCUCAAGUACAACCAGUGCUACGUGGACCUAUGUCGGAUGUGUCGCGGAGGGUACUACUGGGAGCCGGCGCGCCCUCACUGGGCCAAGCUAUACUAGAGCAGAUAUGACACCUGCACUGUGUCAAUCUCUUUGCACCGGCUACGACUACUCAGGGACUGAAAAUGGAUCGCAAUGUGAGCCUACUCGUGGACUAUGA